GAAACCUGUACACCUGAAUGGCAGGAUCUCACCGGCCUCACAAAACCUCCGGGCUCCAUAUCCCUGAAGUUGAGUCUGUGUGCAGAACAUACAGAAGGACACAUGGCUUGUACAACACAGUCGGCCUUAGACUACGUAAAGAGUGCCAGAGUCCACCUUGUGAGAGAAUUAAAUAAUCUGUCAGUGGUUGUGGAGAACUUGUACCAGCAAAGAGUUUUUAGUGAUGAAGAGGUCAAAGAAAUACAGGCAGAGAGACAUGACUACGAUAAAACCAGGAGAAUACUGGACUCAGUCACUAAGAAGGGGGAAGCGGCGUGCUACAAGUUCCUCAGGAUUAUUGACGUGACGAGGAAGAGGACCUUAGGGAGGACGUCCCUUGUCCCUGAGACAAAGAGUUCAGCUUCUACUGAAGCCAAGAAGUUUGACCUGCACAUCUGGAUCAGCUGCUUUUCUUUCAAGGACGACACACAGAUGGAUAUAAACUACUUACAAGGCUCCAGGCCGUGCCACAGAUACCAGGAAAACUUGAAGUCAAAAGCACAAAAAAUAUCAAAUGAGUUUUGGAAGGCAAACAAAAUUCAAUUUGACAGAAACAACAAGCCUGAUCUGUCGUACGCUGCUCUUGUAUUAGACACACAAGGAAGUGUUUCUCCAUCUAAAAUAAAGAAAUUGAAGAACAAGAAGAGCAAGAUGAGUCGCCCUAAAAAGCUGAGGACAUACAUCCCUGAGGACAGCCCAGACAUUUCCCCCAGUGACCUGCUGAAGACAGAUAAAAACAUCCUCUUGGUUGGUAAGCCUGGAAUUGGAAAGACAGCACUCACUCACGAAAUGUUGAAACUUUGGGCAGAAAGAGACAACAAGGAGCUCGACUACAUGUUCUACUUUGACAUGAGAGAAACAUCCCACAUCAUGAUGGCCAAGAGCCUGGAGGAUCUUCUUUUCAGUGUGAUCAGUGAGCCAGAUGAAGGCAAAGAAGAGGUCUUACAGGACAUAAAGAAGAACUCUGACAACAUUACCUCCCUGGUACAGAGUCUCAGUUGA